CAGAGUGAUUGCUCAGAUGUGACUUGCUGAAGUCUCAACAUGAGAGAGGACUUUUCUCUCAUUGGACUCAUUUGAGAACAAAAUUUUCAAAAUUGUUACGAACUUUUACGAAUACGAAUUGUUACGAAUAUACCUUGAGGGAUGAAAGGCUUAACGAUGCGACCGGUCGCGACGUUUUUCUUGGUUUUGACAGUCAAAGCGCUGACGGAGAGAAUAGGUAUUAAUGAUUAUCUCCCGCUGAUUUUUGACGUUCACAAAUAUUACCGUACAUCGUGCGUUAUUUUUGUUCAUCACGGCAAUUAUGAAGAUCUGAAUCUAACGUCAAUGAUGCACAUGUGGUCGCGCGAGUUUUCGCGACAGAGAGUCAUAACUGUGACUAUGACUUUUGUGAACCUGCUGAGCGAAUAUAACGAAUAUCGGAAGAUUGUGCGGCCGUUGUUCGUCAUUAUUCUAAACUCCAAGGAGAGCAUCAAUGAAUUUGCCAGCGUUACCAAGAGCAUAAGGCCCAUCUCCUUCCCUAUCUGGCUCAUCCUGUUUCUUCAGGAUCCUGAACACGCCCUCGAGGCACAAUGCAAACAUCCUACCUAUAAUAUAUUUAACGUGAACUUCAACACCAUAAUGUUGGUCUUCUGCUAUGGCCAGCCGAUUUUGACUGAAUGGUACGCCAUAAGCGAUAAUCGCACCCGAACAUUCGAGCUCGCCACGUGGAGUCCCGAUAGUGGUCUAUUUUUAAGGACUCGGAAGAGCCUUUACGGCAGGAGAAGCGAUCUGUUCGGCGAGGUUGUGCGCGUGGCAUCUGUAUAUGAAUCGCCGUUUAUCCUGCUGGAGAACGGCACGGUCGCCGGGUUCCUCGGGGCUUUGCUGUUGGAGCUAAGCAAAGUGAUAAACUUCAAGAUGCAGCUUCUGGAUCAGAUGGAGGCGUACGGCAGCUGGAAUCAGCAGACAGAAUUGUGGACUGGCGUGGUCGGCCAACUGGUGGCCGACCAAGCCGACCUCGGCGUCGGAGAAUUCUCGGUGACGCCGCACCGAUUAGAUGUCGUGGACUUUACGUUGCCGUUGAUAUACUCGCGGAAUCGCCUCUAUAUAAAGCAGCCCGACCGCUCCGACGUGCAUUGGCUCGGAUAUUUUCAGGCGUUCGACUUCAAAAUCUGGGCGGUGAUAUUGUCGAUAAUCGUGUGCGCUCCUAUUUUGUUAGCCAUUAUAAAGGCGAAGGGAUGUGUCACGAUAAGUCUGGUAAUGGAGAACUACAUGCACGUCUGGAGCAUAAUUUGCCAGCAGGGUCUGUCGGAAUUUCCCAACGAGUCGUCGAUGAGAUUGGCUUUCCUCUCGAUUUUUGUCUCGUCAUUAAUAAUCCAGGCCGCUUAUUCCGCUUCGUUGAUCAGCUUUCUGACGCUCCCCAUGGCCAGUCUGCCUUUCUCUACCGUGGAGGGUUACGUCGAUGACGGCUCUUAUAAAUUAAUCGUUAUCAAGAACAGCGCCGAUUACGACAUGUUUUACAAUGCCAAGAAUUUCAUCUUGCUGAAGAUGAAUGAGUCGAUGAAGGCGAAGGAACUGUUGCCGCUCAUUGAGGAGGACGGAUUCAAGCAAAUUUGCGAGGAGAAGAAAGUGGCGUUUUAUACGACGGAGGUGUUGAAGAACGCCGUACAUGAGCAUUGUAAGACCGUGUUCAUUGAGACCGGUAAAUCCGAUAGCAUAGCGAUGAUCCUACGGAAGGAGAGUCCUUACACCGGCAUCCUGAAUUAUCAUAUACGACGAUUUUUGGACAACGGUGUCAUGAGUAGAUUGAAAGAGGAGUAUCUCUCAACGACCAAUCCCCCGAAAGUUCGACUCACACAGGUUGGUCUGCGGGGCAUAGCGCCGCUUCUGGCGAUGGUGGCAGGCGGCAUAGUCCUGGGAAUAUUUAUUCUGAUGCUCGAGAAAGCGUAUUAUGUUUUCAAAAGCAGGCGCAAGAUCGGCUUGACUAAGAAACGACAGAGCGACAGAGUUGCUAGGAAACCGCGAGGAAGAAACAGCAAAGUAAAUGUGAAACUUCCACCAUUCUACAAUACGAACUACUACGGAAGACCGAUUGGCUACUGGCCAUGAUGCGUUGUUGGAGAACGGAAAGUUCUCGAGAAAGAACUCUUCCGCAUUUUCGACACUUAUUUCCCAGUGAUAAUCGGACUCCGGAAUAAUUCGACUACAACGAUGCACGACUUAAAUAUCUGUUUGCCAGCUUGUACAUGACUGUCCCGACUGUGUCUUUAUUUAAAUCUACUCUUCGCAACUGUGCUCCCAUCGACGUCUGUUUGUCUCCCGAAAUACUUCGCUUCCUUGCGACAAAGCACAACGGACGGUGCA